AUGAAUUUCUUACAUUUAGAUGGAAGAGCAUUUAAUCAAACUCCAUUAGGUUUCAAAUUCAUCCACUGCAUUGACAUUUGUAAACUUCACAAGUCUGCAGGUUCAAUUCCGCCAAAGCUUGGACACCUAAUGCAUCUGGAAUUACUCAGUUUGAGCAACAAUAGCCUAACUGGUUCUAUACCGAAUCAAAUAUUCAACAUCUCUUCACUACAAGUGCUGGACCUUAUGAACAAUAGUUUUUCGGGGAAUAUUCCAUCAACUGUUGGUUAUGGAUUGAUCAACCUUGAGGAGCUUUAUGUCAAUGUGAAUAAGUUUGAUGGAGUGAUACCAGACUCGAUCUCCAAUGCAUCUCAACUGAGUAUUUUACAAUUGUCCAUAAACAAAUUUAGUGGUCCAAUUCCCAAUUCUCUCGAGGAUCUAAGGCUUCUAACUAGUCUAGAUCUCGCUGGAAAUCAUCUGACAACCGAACUUUCGUCAACAGAAUUGAGCUUCAUCAGUCAUUUGAUGAAUUGCAAUUAUCUAAAAGAUUUAUCAAUCGGUGACAAUCCAAUGCAUGGUUUUCUGCCAACUUCUGUGGGGAAUCUUUCAACUUCUUUGGAAAGACUAUAUGCAUAUAGUUGUGAAAUCAAAGGGAAAAUUCCAGAAGAAAUUGGGAACUUGAGCAAUCUGUGGAUUUUGAGUCUACAUGGAAAUCAGUUGAGUGGGUCCAUUCCUCUGGCAAUCAAAGGAGAAAUUCCCUUUAGUGGUCCUUUCAAGAACUUCACAUACGAAUCAUUCAUGUGUAAUGAUGACUUGUGUGGUGCUCAAAGAUUUCAUGUUCCUCCUUGUAGUUCUCCUCGGAUUCACAGUCGAAAGAAAAUACUCCAAAUAUUAGGCACUGUAUCAAGUAUUGUAGCAAUUGUAAUUGCUGCAACCAUGGUAAUUUUAAUCCUGAGAUGCCGAAGGAAGGAUGAAACUUCAAGAAAUACUGAUUUAUCCAUGGGAAUGCCUAAAUGGAUUUCGUAUUAUGACCUGUUCAAGCAACUGAUGGUUAUGAUGAAAGCAAUUUACUUGGUGUAG